AUGUCAACUGUAACGGAAGUCGUUGAGGAAUGGCAGCCGCCGACCGAAUCAUUGGGGAGAGUUCCCUUGGUAAUACCCGGAAAAAGUGGCGACAAGGCGAUUGAGGGCGACUUUCCCCUGGAUCAAGUCGUGAUAGACCAAUUACCUCCUGGCAGCCAAGUUCACAGCUGUGACCGAUAUGGCGCAUCUGCGUGGACAGUGACUGCAAGAAUCGAGACGACACUUAAGAAUGGCGAAUCGAGGUGGUAUUUCUUGAAAUGCGCGGACGGCAAGCAAGGCAAGGCCAUGCUUGAGGGAGAAUUCAACUCAAUGGUUGAGCUCUACAAGACAGCGCCCAACUUUGUCCCAGAACCGUAUACGUGGGGAAAGCUUAACGUCUCGAACCCGGACACCUACUACUUCCUUUGUGACUUUGUGGAGAUGACAAGCCAGAUACCUGAUCCCAUUCAACUGUGCACCAAGCUCGCCCAGUUACAUCAAGCGAGUGAAUCGCCUACGGGUCAGUUCGGCUUCCACAUCAACACAUGUCAAGGAAAUCUCCCUCAACAGACUGGCUGGAAUCCCAGUUGGAAAGACUUUUAUGUACAGCUGUUCAACGGAGCAAUGCAGCUCAACCGAGAGAUCAACGGCCCUUGGAAGAACCUGGAACAGUGCGCCGACCGCCUGGUCAAAUACGUUGUACCAAUCCUUCUUGGACCACUCGAAGAGAAUGGCCGUAAAGUGAAGCCGACGCUGAUACAUGGCGACCUCUGGGAUGGGAACAUUGGAACAGAUUUCAAGACAGGAGCAAUCUAUGUAUUUGACGCAAGUGUUUAUUAUGCGCAUAAUGAGAUGGAGAUUGCGAUGUGGCGAGCAAAGUUCAACAAGAUCAUGAGUUCGAAGAUCUAUACGAAUACAUACCUCGCCAGGAUGGGGAUCAGCGAGCCAGCGGAUCAGUUUGAGGAUCGCAGCCGGCUGUACAGUGUCUACAUGACACUGCAUGAGUCUGCUUGUCAUAAUGGUUCGAGCUUUCGUGAACAGUGCUACGAGAAUUUGACGUACUUGAUCGAGAAAUACGCGCCCUUUCCAGAAGGUGAGUCUGGACUACCUUAG